AAGUUUGACAACAUUAAAAAAACAAAAGGCAACAUAUAAUAGAGAGCAGAGCAGCCAGCAGGUUGGUAGUACCACUAUAGUAAACUGGAGAGGCACACCCAAAGAUCCGUCUUUUGCUACUCUCCAAAGGGUCACUCUGAACUACUCAAGUUCUUCAUCAUCAUCUUUUCUUUUUUACUUUCUCAUGAUCCAAUCUUAUAGACCCUAUAAAACCAAUUAAAUCCCGUAUUUUACAAACUCACUACACUCUCUCUACCUCUUUCUCUGAUCUGAUCAUGGCCCAUUCUGCAGCAGUUUCACAGGUUUCUUUAGCUGUCCCUGUUGGGAGCGAUUCGACUCUCAAGAGAUCAGUUUUUAAGACACACAGUAUAAGCUUCAGUGGUAAAUCAUGGGCCCCUUCCUUGGCUUUGGACUUGAAAUCAAGAAAGGUUCAAUUGAAGAAUCAAUAUGUAGUAUGCAUGUCAGUUCAACAAGCCAGCAGAUCGAAGGUUGCAGUUUCACCAUUAGAACUUGAAGAUGCCAAAGAGCCUCCAUUGAAUUUAUACAAGCCCAAGGAACCUUACACUGCAACUAUUGCUUCUGUUGAGAGGCUUGUAGGCCCAAAAGCUCCUGGAGAGACGUGCCACAUCGUGAUUGAUCAUGGUGGUAAUGUUCCGUAUUGGGAAGGGCAAAGUUAUGGUGUUAUCCCUCCUGGUGAAAAUCCAAAGAAGCCAGGGGCUCCUCACAAUGUACGUCUUUAUUCGAUUGCAUCAACCAGGUAUGGAGACAAUUUUGAUGGCAAGACCGCUACUUUAUGCGUUCGCCGUGCUCUGUACUAUGAUCCUGAGACUGGAAAGGAGGAUCCUUCAAAGAUGGGCAUAUGCAGUAAUUUCCUUUGCAACUCAAAGCCAGGAGAUAAAGUUCAGAUCACUGGACCCUCUGGCAAAAUAAUGCUUUUGCCUGAAUCUGACCCUAAUGCUACCCACAUAAUGAUUGCUACUGGCACUGGUGUGGCUCCCUUUAGAGGUUACCUCCGACGUAUGUUCAUGGAGGAUGUUCCCACAUUCAAAUUUGGUGGUCUUGCUUGGCUUUUCCUUGGGGUGGCAAACACUGACAGUCUCCUCUAUGAUGAUGAAUUCACAAAGUACCUUGAGGACUACCCAGAUCACUUCCGGUAUGACAAGGCACUUAGCAGGGAACAGAAGAACAAGAAUGGGGGAAAGAUGUAUGUUCAAGAUAAGAUUGAGGAAUACAGUGACGAGAUCUUCAAACUCUUAGAUGGUGGAGCUCAUAUAUAUUUCUGUGGGCUUAAGGGAAUGAUGCCUGGGAUUCAAGAUACACUGAAGAAAGUUGCAGAACAAAGAGGAGAAAGCUGGGACCAGAAGCUCUCACAGCUUAAAAAGAACAAGCAAUGGCACGUUGAAGUUUACUGAUAUUUGCAUAUUAUGAACCUGGUUCUUGCCUGUUUUUCCUUCAGAAGAAAAUUAGCAGCCCCAUCAGGCAAUGUGGAGAUUGUUGGAUAUUGAAUUUGGUCAGCUUUGCAGAAACUUGAUUAGCUGUUCCCAUUCAUCUGUAUCAUUUAAUAAUCAAAUGAUUCUCUUAAUCAGAACAAAUUAGCAGUCCUUCUGGCUUUUAUAGUUUAAAGAUUAUUAUAUUAGUCCAUCAA